AUGCCGCAAUGGCAGCGCGAGUACGAACGCGACUGGCGCGACGUCACGCGGCGGGAGAUCGCCCACCACUUUGGCGCGUACGCACUGCAGUGCGCUCCAUCAGUCACUCCAUCCGACGAGCAGCUCCUGCAGGACGUUCUGAUGGCCGCCGGCGUUGCCCACGUACCGCUAAGUCCGAGUCACUGGACAGCGACGCGUCCUCUCUGGUCGCCGUCACUUGUGGACGACGCGUCGUACGUCUUUAGCACUCCACCGCCUGUCGAUGAGAUUGACGAGUUCCCAGCGUUCAGCUCGGCGGACUUUCGAGCGCACGCGGCGUCGAAACGUCGCAAAAGCGCCUCGCAGCGACUGCAGCUGCGAUUGGCUGACGUGUCGCCUCUUGUUGGGAACACCAGGCGGUCGUCUAUGGAACGUGCAGCAACGAUUUCGCCUCUUGCAGCAGUGACGUCGCCCUGGACGUCGGGACAGUGGUCGACGGCUGGAAAGACGCGACAAAAGACGCGUCGAGUGUCGCUCGAGUCGAGUUUUCGGGACAAGGAGUUGGAUCUGUCCAUGCAUUCGAUGCACCUGAGUGACGAAGAAGGAUGUGGUGAUGAUGAAGUUGAUGGCGUUUGUGUUGAGGACGAAGGGAGCGUAGAGGCUACACAGGUGAUCGAAGUGCUGGUAGAUGAUGAUAAUGAGGAAAAGGGUGUGGCGAUGCCGGGACGGGACGGCGACAAAGAGGUCGAGCGAGUGCAAAAGGUCAGGGGUGUUGAUGUGGACGUUGAUGCAGGCGACUUAAGUGCCUCUCGAUGGCUCGAACUUUGCAAGUACAACGAAGAUAAAGAUAUGGUACAAAAGGAUGUCGAGGAAAAGAACAAGCAAGUUUAUGCCAACGCUGUGGUUGAGGAACGAGACGGAAACACCGACGCACCGUUUGAUGUUAGCAGUCAAGGUGAUUUAGUGGCGUCAGGAGAGUUGGUCGAGGAGCCAGUCUGGCAUGCAGAAGCUGACAUUGAGUUUGGAACGGGCGAUGAGUACGACAACGACUCCCAACGAUUUGCAAAUGGAGUACGAGAUGCAGAGAUGCGUCAACUAUCACAACGCACAGUUAAAGGUCUGUCGUAUACCGUCGAUGCACUUCAGACUGUUGCAGAGCCAGAACGAGAAGAUACCUGUGACCGAGUUAGGCAGCAAGACAUAGCUGCGACGUCAAAACCAGUCGAUAGUCCCAGUUCAACGAAAAACAUGUGUGCAGCACGGCAACAUGAUCCUGUGCUGACAGGUCAGUCAACUAGCGCUUUAUCGGAAGAUUCGGUGACGAAAAAAGCAGUGUAUGUAUCCACCACUGCGCCGUCGGCAAGUGAAGGGUCGUGCACAACAACUACAGCUUUGUCGACUGAUCAAAGCCCUACUGCGUUGCCUCUGGCGUCAUUGGGGAACGAUACAGCGCCUGCGACGUCUUCAGCUUUGCCAGCGACAAGAGCUUUACACACACCCGCUGUCCGCUCGUCGGCAAAUGAAGCAGCACAACGUUCCUCGACUACCACUCCAGCACUUCGUAGAUCGGUGGUAUCGCGAAAGCGUGCAACUCGAGGUGCGCUGCUGCACACGAAGCUGCCGCUACAGAUGGAAUACCGCUUUGCUAGCGACCGGCGUCGGCGCCACAAACGCCGAAAAUCAUCAGCGAUGAUGCCAGGCGUGUUCCCAUUCGUUGUGCCGGAACUUGCGAUUGAACUGAAGUCGUAUCAAAAGGAGGCGCUACGAUGGAUGCUGGAAAGAGAGCAGGAACCUGGUGAUACCAUCACCGUCGAUCGUCAACAGCACGGUGCAACAACAGCUGUCGACGCUUUAGUAGCGAAGGUGCGCGGUGGGAUAUUGGCGGAUGAAAUGGGUCUUGGCAAGACGGUAUGCUGUCUUGCUCUCAUAUGUGCAUCGUUGCGCCAGGCUCGAACGGCAGAUGCGCAGUCGAGCAAUGAGACUGGUAGCACUGUGCCCCGGAUCACUCCUCCGACGCUUAUUGUAACGCCAUUGUCUAUCUUGUCACAGUGGGAACAAGAGAUCCGAGCGAAGACGAAUUUGAGUGUGGUGACAUACCAAGGUGCUGCGCGCAAGAACUUUCGCUCGUCCACGCAGUUCAUGGGAACCGACAUUGUCCUGUCAACAUACGACACCCUUCGGCUUUCGGAGUGUAAAGUACGCGGCAAAGGCAGUGAAGGUAGUGGACGCAAUGGCUGCGGUGCCGAGGAUGGAUGGCACCAAGCACCACGUCUUGUUCCACGGCUCCAGAAAUCUGUAGCAACCUCGAGACUGCACCAAUUGGAAUGGUUUCGAGUCAUUCUAGAUGAAAGCCAUCUGAUUGCCAACGCAGGAUGUGGACGAGCGCGAGCUGCAUUCACACUCAACGGUCGGCGUCGUUGGUGCGUGACUGGAACGCCAAUACAAAAUCGAACGGCGGAUCUAGCGGCGCUGCUGCAAUUUGUUGGACUUGGUGCACGGGCCCAUGCUCUCUCAGAGCGAGAACUUGGAUUGAUGGUACCUCGUGUUGUUUUGCGUCGACUGAAGUCCACGGUGGAUAUGUGGUCAAAAGCUCCUAUCCUGGAGCUACCAGGAAAGUCUGAGACGACGAUCGAGCUCGACUUUGCCUCAGAUAUUGAGCGUGCGUUGUACAUGCUGUUGUAUCGCUCCACGAAACGGCAAGUGCUGCGGUAUCUGCAGUCAAAGGAGGCGAAACAAAAAACUCGUCAAGCUUCUUGUACAGGUCCAGCCAACAUCGACAAGGAACGACCUUUGUUUAUGCACGUGUUUGAGCUCAUCUUGCGGCUGCGGCAAGUGUGCAAUUCCUGUGCUCUGGUGACCGCAGACCCAUGGACCGACGUUCGAAUGCGAGUAGAAAAGCUAGCUGGAAACGAAGGACCCGAUGGCAUGUCUUCGUUCUCACAUGCAGAUGCUGAAUUGCUCAAACGAUUUCAAAAGCAGCGCUCAGGUGCGAAUGGUGAUUUCGGACACGGUUCUUUGGAAUCUACAAAACUGACAGCAUUGAUAAAGGAGCUGAAGCGGGUACGAGCUAAUCGAGAGCGAGCGUUGGUGAUUUCGCAGUGGACAAGUUUUCUCGACAUAAUAGGCGAACGCUUGGAUGUCCACAACGCGGAGUGCGAGACCCGAUACUUUGGCGAUGCGCAAGAAGCUGACCAUGAGGCUAUCACGUUCGCCAAACUAGAUGGCAGGAUGUCCGCCAAGGAUCGAGAGCAAGUGGUGCGGAAUUUCCAGCAACAGGAAGACAGUUUCGACGGAGGAUCAAGUAUUGGUCCACCGCUUGACGUGCUCUUGCUGUCGUUGCGUACUGGUGGUCUUGGAUUGAACCUCACGGCUGCAGCACACGUUUUCAUCAUGGAACCUAGCUGGAACCCGAGUCUUGAGCACCAAGCCAUCGAUCGCGCCCACCGUUUCGGCCAGACAAAGCAGGUGCGCGUUAUUCGCUUUGUCGUCAAAGGCUCCAUUGAAGAGCGUGUCAUGGCGUUGCAAACAAAGAAGUGUCAGCUCACGGCUGCUUUCUUGGGUGAUGGCGAAACUGCCUCCAGCGCCAAACCGAACGGCAGGCUGUGCAAGACAAGACUGUCGACGAGAGAUAUCCGCACACUCUUCUUGACGCAGCAGGAACAAGUUGAAGUGGUAGAUCUGCACCAUCUCGACGGCAUCCGUGGUCACGCACGCGAUGACGAGGCCGAAAGCAGCGACAGAAGCGUGACAUGCAUCGAGAUCAGUGACUGA